AUGGCUUCUGCGCGUGAGGAGUUCGUUUACAUGGCCAAGCUCGCGGAGCAAGCGGAGAGGUACGAAGAGAUGGUGGAGUUCAUGGAGAAAGUCUCCGCCGCCGUCGACGGCGACGAGCUCACCGUGGAGGAGCGAAACCUACUCUCCGUCGCUUACAAAAACGUGAUCGGCGCUCGUCGUGCCUCGUGGCGUAUCAUCUCGUCGAUCGAGCAGAAGGAAGAGAGCCGCGGCAACGACGACCACGUGGCGGCGAUCAAAGAGUACAGGUCUAAGAUCGAGACGGAGCUCUCCGGAAUCUGCGACGGAAUCCUCAAAUUGCUCGACUCCAGACUCGUCCCCGCCGCUGCUUCCGGCGACUCCAAGGUCUUCUACCUGAAAAUGAAGGGCGAUUACCACAGGUACUUGGCCGAAUUCACGACUGGUCAGGAGAGGAAAGACGCCGCCGAACACACUCUCUCCGCCUACAAAUCUGCGCAGGAUAUUGCGAAUGCAGAGCUCGCUCCAACACACCCAAUCCGUCUGGGUUUGGCAUUGAACUUCUCUGUGUUCUAUUACGAGAUCCUCAAUUCUCCUGAUCGUGCUUGCAACCUCGCCAAACAGGCUUUCGAUGAAGCGAUUGCGGAACUGGACACUCUUGGUGAAGAGUCGUACAAAGAUAGCACCUUGAUCAUGCAGCUUCUCCGUGACAACCUUACUCUCUGGACAUCUGACAUGCAGGAUGAUGCUGCGGAGGAGAUCAAGGAAGCAGCAGCUCCAAAGCCGACUGAGGAACAGCAGUAA